GAGAGAAGCGACCUUGUGUCUCAUAAGAAAACGUGGUAUGCUUGUAUUAAUUGAAUGGUUCUGAAAGAGACAUUUUCAGAAGAAACAAAAAAGCAAUUGUGCCAAACUAGAAGAAGAAGCUAUAAUCGAGGUGUGCUCUACUGAGAUUUUGCAUGGGUGCUGCAAAAAAAAAAAAGAGAUUUGAAUGGGCCAUGAGAUGGGCUUUUAAUAAAAAAAUCAUAACAGAAAUUAGAUGACGUGGAGUGUCGUUUUCUUUCUAUUCGAGGUGACGGUGAGAAGGAAAACCGUGUCGUUUAUAUGAUUAAGUAAAGAAACGCUUGCCGUUUAAUAUUUUAGCUUGGCCUGGGUGCCGUGGCAAGUCAUGAUUGGUGGUUUCUUCGCCGAUGUAAAAUUCAACAGAUCGAGAGAGAAAAAACUCUCUCUCCCUCCUCCGUUCACCGUCGCGACUCGGCUCUACAGUACAUUUUGUUGAGCAAUCUCGUAUUUAGAGGAUUCCAAUGUCUGGCGCAGAGGAUAAUAAAUCUUCCCAUGCUCAGCUUUCGUCCCAAAUUUUUCUUGAUCUUGUGGAUUCGGUGAUAGCUGAUGUAGCAUCUGAGUGUCAUCGGGUAGCACGACUAGGACUUGAUCGUGAUUUGGAUAUAGUAGAAGAAGAGUUGAGAUUGUCAGUGGAAGCGCGUGCGAAGAUCGCUGAUCCUAGCAACAACCUCGAAACCAACACCAAAUAUGUUGUUGAUAUAUUUGGGCAGACUCACCCUCCUGUAGCUAGUGAAGUGUUCAAUUGCAUGAACUGUGGGCGACAAAUUGUUGCAGGAAGGUUUGCUCCUCAUCUCGAAAAAUGCAUGGGAAAGGGAAGAAAGGCUCGUGCCAAGACAACCAGAAGCACAACGGCUGCACAGAACCGGAAUGCACGACGCAGCCCCAAUCCACGAUAUUCUCCUUAUCCAAAUUCUGCUAGUGAGAACCAGUUAGCAAGUGGAUCACCUGGUGUUGCAGGUGAAGACUGCUCAAAUUUCACAGUUCGAGAGAACGUGAAAGGAGACUGAAGUACAACUGAUGAGAGGCUUAUACUGAUUACUGAACGACAAUGUGGCUAGUAACUGACUCGACCAGACUGGUAUAAAUCGAAUUGCUAGGUUUAUAUUCAGUUCACAAAAAAAGAGAGAAAAGCGGCGCAAAAGGAAAAGUAGCGGAGGUUCAUAAUGUAGCUAUUUCUACAGCUUACUAAUGGGGUAUCAAUAUAUUAGUACAUGCACCAUCAUGUUAUAAUUACAAAAAACUCUGUAGAGUCCUCAAUCAAACAGUUCCCACUGUUGUGUUAUGAUUGUUAAAGUGUUUGGAGCAAAAGAAAAGCACAAAAUUCCGGACCUGGCAAAGGCAAAUCCUGCUUGGUUGCGUUGUGGUUCAUGUCGCGGUUGACUGUUUGUUUUCUGACAAGAAACAGUAAAAACAGACAAGUCUUUGG